ACGAACCCAAAAUGGAAUGUUUCUGCUAAGGCAAGUUGAAAGGAUACAUGUUUCUCAUUCUAGGCCCAAGCAGAUACAUUAAUACCAUUAGAUAAGUACAGGUAGCAAAAUGGGUUAAACAACUACCAAGGUCAUUUAAAGAAGUGGCCUGGUCGCUAUGACAACAUCAACAGCAGAAGAUCUGCUCCAGGCCAAUCAGGUAGUCAAGGAGAGAUGGAAAGUGGUUCGGAAAAUUGGUGGCGGAGGGUUUGGGGAGAUCUACGAAGGCAUCGACCAAGUCACGAAGGAGUCAGUGGCCCUCAAGCUGGAGUCUGCCAAACAAGCCAAGCAGGUCCUCAAAAUGGAGGUAGCUGUCCUCAAGAAACUACAAGGACAAGACCACGUAUGUCGAUUCAUUGGGUGUGGCCGUAAUGAAAAGUACAAUUAUGUAGUCAUGACCCUACAGGGUAAAAACUUGGCUGAGUUGAGGAGGAGUCAGUCCAGGGGGUGCUUCUCCCUCAGUACCACCCUCAGGCUGGGGGCCCAGAUACUGAAGGCCAUCGAGUCAAUACAUGAAGUAGGAUUUCUACAUAGGGAUGUUAAACCUUCUAACUUUGCAAUGGGAAGGCUGCCCAAAGACAGUAAGAAAGUUUUUAUGUUGGACUUUGGGUUGGCUCGUCAGUACACCACCCCCACAGGUGAAGUGAGGCCCCCCAGGGCAGCUGCUGGAUUCAGGGGCACUGUCAGAUAUGCCUCAGUUAAUGCCCACAAAAACAAGGAAAUGGGCAGACAUGAUGACCUUUGGUCCCUGUUUUACAUGUUGGUAGAAUUUCUAGCUGGUCAGUUACCAUGGAGAAAAAUUAAAGACAAGGAACAGGUCGGCCAGAUGAAGGAAAAAUACGACCACACUCAGAUGUUGAAAAACAUGCCGCCAGAGUUUAAAACUUUUCUGGAGCACAUCGAAUCCUUGGAAUAUCAUGACAAGCCUGAUUAUUCACUGAUGCAUAACCUGUUUGAACAGUGUAUUAGACGGAAGGCAAUAAAAGAUACUGAUCCCUAUGACUGGGAGAAAAUUUACACGGACUCAGUGGCUACCACCACCACCACUUCACCCCCAAUAGGUCUGAAGGCCACCACUGGUUUAGGAUUACAUGGAGCCACGGAAGUCAUCGAUGAAAUUCUUAGUGAUGAAGAAAAUAAAGAUGAAAAGAGGUUAAAGGAUGCAGAUCUCAUUAUGGACAACAAGCAUGUGAAAGACAUUGACAACCGUUACCGGGAGGAGCAAGGUGACAUUGUUCUCAUCAAAAGUGAUGAUCCAAAUCUCCGAGUGGAUGAAAAGCACCAAGUGGAGCAAAUGGUCAAAGAGGAAACGGUGGAAAAUGUGGCUGUGGAAGCAGAAAAUGAACAACACGAACCAGUUGUAAAUGAACCGAAUAAUGAAGAGGUCAAGGACAAUGGCAGUAAACCUGCUGUGUCUACUCCAACCAAAUCUGCUCUCAAAACUGUUGAUUCUAGUGUUCUUAGACUUCGAAACUCACAAAACUUGCCAGAAAGUGCAUUUAAACCUAUUAAGGAAUCAGUGUCAUUUGGUGAUGUGAAAGCAAUAGAUUCAAAGCAAAAGGAUGGUGGCUCAAAUUUCAAGGCAGAGAGGAGAGUUUCUAUUCAGAACUUUGCGGAGGUUCACGAGGACAAUGAAGUUCGAGAUAAGUGCAAUAAUGAACCUGAUCCACUUGUGAGUCGUGCACCGUUAACAUUUGCUAUGAUGCAGACAGAUGAAAAAUCACCUGAUGAUCAUCUUGAUGAAAAUGCAACAAGGGCUGCACCUUACACAGUAGCGAGUCAGUGGAAUGCUUCUCAAUUCCAAUCUUCUUCUGAAAGUCAGGGAGCAGAUGAGAGUGAGGGGGAAGUAGGGGGUGCUAAAAAUAAAUCUCAACUGAAAAAAUCUAAAAGAUUUCAACAUAAUACAUUAAUGGAUGAAGAGGAUAUGAAAAUGGAUAGUGUUUUAAGAAAUUCCCUUGUUUUGGCUGAUGCAGAUGGUCAGGACUGUUUGAGGAAUUCCAUGGUGUUUCUGGGAGAUGAUAGUGCUGCUCUGUCUGCUAAUGAAUCAGACAACGAUAAAAAACCUGGAGUGAAAAGUAAAUCAGGUUCUUUUGCCGAAAAAUCAAAACUUCAAGAAAAAUCAGCUGCUACCAGUAGUCUAUCGCACAAAUUAUCAGGCCAUAGUAGAAUGCCAGAGAAGUUAGCCAAAGAAAUGGAUAAUCUUAUAUGCUCCCCCCUCCGCAAUAGUCCCACAAAACAUUUAUUUAAGCCCAAAGAGAGUUUAACUGAUUUGAAAAAAUUAGCAACACUUAGCCACAUAAAACCUGUCACUUCCAAACCCCCUGCACCUCAGCCAUUGACAACUAAGAAAGACCCCGGAACAUCAGUUGACAGUCCUGGUCUGGUAAAACCAGCUCUUAAGCCUAAGCCUAAACAGCUGCCAAAUUUGAAGGUGCUUGUUGGAUCUUCUGUGGAUAAGAUCAAUGAGGAAGGAAGUUCAGUGGAUGGGAAUCGAAAAACUUCAUCUGUGUCUAAUGAUGUGCAAGUGAAUAACAAAAACAAGCCGGAAGAAUUAGAGAGUAAUUCUUCUUUCCUUUCUCAAAACAACUUUGCAUCAAUGAAUCUUGUUUUAAACAAACAGUCACUGAAGCCUUUAGAGGAAAAGCCUGGGAUAGCCAACUUUACUCAAGAAUCUUCAAAUGUAGGACCUUCAAUAGAAAGCUUAGGUAGUAAAUUAAGUAGUUUAGAAAAGAAACCCGAAGAUAUUAAAACUUCUGAAAGUGUUACUGUGACUAAAAGAGAACUGCCUUUGCCAACGUCUCAAAUUCCUGUGCGAAUUGAUAAACCUUUAAAACUCUCAGUGACAGAAUCUAAAAAGAUUGAAAAACAGGUACCAGAGCCUAGUCAAAAAGAGGAAAAUAAUGUUAAAGAAACUCUUAAAGUAAAACAUGGCCUCAAAAAAUUUACUGAGAAAGAAAUACAGAAGGCUGAACUGGAACACUUACAGGCUAGAAAGAAAAUGUCUCCCAUUGUGGAAGAGAGAAAUGGUGAAAAUGCUUCAAAAUCCACAAAGAGUGGAGAGCAGGUGCCUUCUAGCACAAAGUCAACAAGCAGUGAACCUUCUGUUGGCAAGGAAGAGGUAAUGGUGGGUUCUGAAGAGAAACACAAGGUGGAAAGGAGGCAUUCUUUUAAUACUGACAGUAGACCUUCUUCUAGUCCAUUAGAGAAAAAAUCUAUUCCAACUUCAAGUCAAACUGAUGUGCAAACAGGGGCAAAAGGCUCUACUCAUGCAGAGAAAAGUCCCUCUAUUGGGGAAAAUAAAACUGCAAGUCCUAAAAGAGAAUCUGGAAUCAAGAAGCCUGUACGACGUCGUUCCUCCUCUGCUUCUAGGAUUUCUGACCGCACUGCCAAUGAACUCCGUGAGGCCCUGGCGUCUGUUACCCCCACCCCACCCGAGACGGACCCAUCCAAAGUCCCCAAACCCCCACCUGGUGCUGCUCCCAAAAACAUUGUCUUAUUGAAUGCAAGGCGGCGCCGUUACAAGAUGGCCUCCACCAACACCAGCCCCCGAGAGCCCUCAUCGCCCCGAGCCCACAGUGACAUUCCAGUUCUUAAAAGCAAGCCUGCUUGGAGAUAGAUUGCAGAACUUUAAUAUUAACACCACCACCUAUCAUCCACCCCAAAUUUAGGGAAAAUAGUUAGAUCUUUGUGCCAUACCUUGAAAGCUGCUGCUUGGUCUUUAGUAUAGGCAUUAUAAGAAAACACAUCUGCUUCAUAAAAUCAUGAGACCUUUCUUCAUUUUUGGGGUCAAAUUAAUUGUAACAGUGUGGCAAUAUUAAUUGUUCUUGGCAUAAUAUGAUGCAAUAAGGACCUAUUUUUGAUCUGCAAUGCUUGGAAUUAUGUACUUUGUAUCUGAUGCAGCUUGUUCUGGCCUUGAAAUUGUUAUGAUGUUUUACUGCUUUAAAUUCAUGAUGUAAUUAAUGCUCUUUUCAAACUGUUGAAAAGUCAAAACAUCAUAUUAUUCCCUUCUAACGAUUGCUGAUGAUACUCAUGUAUUGCCAUUGCUCUUCAGUUGGCAUGGCUAAAAAAAAAUUUAAGAUAUCGGGUAGUAUGUCAUAGUCAAAUGUUAUAGGUAGUUUUCUUAUGAUGUAUUUUCCCACAGAGUUAUUUUCCUUGCCUAUAUCAUCUUGGAGGUUCUUCUUUGCACAGGCAAUUUCAACACAUAAAUAUGGCAGAAAUAAGAAGUAAAUUUUAAAUCUUUUUGUAACGCUAAAACUAUGAACUAGAGUGCUUUAACAAAUGCAUAUUUGUCAGAAAAAUUGUGGUAUCUUCACUCCAGUAUAACAACUUUAAAUUGGUUAAAUUCUGAAUCUUGUCAUUGGUGACAGAUGGGAAAUAACUCUAAAAGCAUGUCUAUCGAAAACUAUCUAUAGACACUUGGAUAUAUAAUGUGGAUGAUGUGCAGGAAAUACUGUUAUUGAUGUUUUGUACAUUGUAUGGACAGUGAGAGAGACCAGGGAAGUAGUAUAGUCCAUUGAAGUUAUGACUUUGGUCCUUACAUGAUUCAUGACAAGGUUUUUCAAACUGUCAAAAAUUUAAAGUGCUUGUUAUUUACCUCAGUUUUAUUUAUUUUGAGGAACUUAGUUUUUUGUUUUAUGUGAAUGUAUAUUGCAUAACAUAUAUAUGUAUAUGAGCAUCUUGUUCUACAUAGAUUCAUGCAUUGUGAUAUGUCCGUAGUUGAUUUUAACCCAUAUUGAUUUAUAUUUAGAUUAUACGAAUUUUUGCAGGUUGUCAAGGAAGUUUCUGAAUUACAUGUAUCAAGUUCUGUUUUGUUAAUGCAUUUCAGCAUGGUGUGAGUGGUGUCAUGAAGUUGAAGGUUAUUUAUUCAAUGUAUAAAUAUGUGUGGUGUCCCAUAACAUCAAGGAAGUUAUGUCUGUAAAACCUAGAUAUUUAACUCAUUGUUGCCCAAAAAAUUUAAUGAUUUUUUAGUAGAAUGUACAGCACACUGGCAUGUUUUACACAGGAUACAUUAUUAUAAUCUCUUUUUGAAAGUUAGCAUUUCCCCACUAGAAUUCUUUAACAUGUUCAGUGAUUUCUUGUAAAUUUUAAAAUUAACAUUUAGAAAGAAGGAAAAAAAUGUACAUCACAGUGUUUAAUUCAGUGGCUAUCAUAAAAAGUUCAUUUAAAAUAUCAUCACCUCAUCUCUCAGACAUUGUGAUAUUGUUUCUGCUUUUUGUAAACUUUAUUCUUGUUAGAUUACUUCAUUACCCAUUAAAUGGGUUUACCAUUAUUUUCAAUAUGUACUUAACACAUUUGAUAUGUCAAUCAAAAUUUUUUGUUGAUAAGUGCUUAUAGAGAUGAAUCUGCUCCAACUCAAGAGUUGAUUGGAAUGGAUGAGUUUUAAAGAAUGCAAGUUAUAUAUAUGAUUUAAGUAUUACAAUAAAAUAAGCUCAAAAUAAA